AUGUUGCGUCCCCGGCAAGACCUUCCUAAAACUGCCAGAACAGGAAUAAAAAGACCCCAGGAGGACAGUCUCCAGGACCCUGGAGCCAGUGAGGGUCUCAAGCACAUAUUAGGGAAGCACAAGGAAAAUCCCUCCAGGGAGCCCCAUAGGCAAGGCAUCCCCCAGAGAACAAGUGUCCAGUGCAUGUCCAGCAUUUCCCACAGGGAAGAGGACACUCGGGAGAGAGAUCAGAGGCAUGCAGACAUUGGGAGAACCUCUUGCCUGGGCUCCAACCUUGUAACUCAUGAGAGCCUUUGGGAAGAGGAGAGAUCACCACAAGAUUUUGGUGUGGCUGGAGAGAGCCUGUAUCCCAAGCCAAGUGCCCAGGGGAGUGUCUAUGCCAGGAAGAACACUACUGGCCAAGAUAGCAAUGUCCUGGGGAAAGAGACCUUCAAGCAGCUGAGAGCUCACACCAGAGGGAAGACUUAUAUGUGCAGUGAAUGCGAGAGAGGGUUCCGGUGUCGGUCAAACCUCCUUGAGCACCAGAGGAUUCACACUGGAGAUAAGCCCUACACAUGCCAGGAAUGUGGGAAAGCAUUCAUCCAGAGCUCCACUCUUACUAAACACCAAAGAAUUCACACUGGUGAGAGACCCUAUGCAUGCAGGGAGUGUGGGAAAGCCUUCAGGGGAAGUUCAGACCUUCGGAAGCACCAGAGAAUUCACACUGGAGAGAAGCCCUAUACGUGCCAUGAAUGCGGAAGGACCUUCACAUGGAGCUCAGCCCUGGUCACACAUGAGAGAACUCAUAGUGGGGAGAAGCCCUACAAGUGCCUUCACUGUGGGAAAGCUUUUGCUCGGAUCUCAUCCCUGACUGAGCACCAAAAAAUCCACACUGGAGAGAAGCCCUAUGAGUGUAAUGAAUGUGGAAAAGCCUUCAAGGGGAGCUCAGACCUCAGUCAGCACCAGAGGGUUCACACUGGUGAGAAGCCUUAUGGAUGCAAGGAAUGUGGGAGGUCUUUCAUGUGGAGGACAGCCCUCAUUACUCACUGGAGAACUCACAGUGGGGAGAAGCCCUAUGAAUGCCAGGAGUGUGGGAAGACCUUCAGCCAGAGCUCCUCUCUUACUCAGCACCAGAGAAUUCACACUGGUGAGAAGCUCUAUGAAUGCAGUCAGUGUGGGAAGACAUUUAGAUAUAGCUCCUACCUUGUCCAGCAUCAGAAGCUUCACACCUGAGAUCUUCUUUGAGGAUACUUUGUGCUCAACAAUGAAAAUCAAGGUUCCCCUAGGCUUCUGUCCUCUCUACCUCACAGUGCCCCUUCUUUUAUUCCUUUUCCCUGCUUCAGAGAAGGCAGAAGACCCCUUGCC